AUGCAGACUUCCACAUCCUUGCCCUCUUGGAAUGUGAUAGAACAGUAUGCCGGAAUGGUCAAACUGGCAGCUCAAAAUGCUGAUCCAGCUAAUUGGGAGUGGAAUGAUAGAUCUGUAUGGAAAUUGGCCACAAAGAAUUGGCAAGGCUUCAAAACCAAGUGGUACGGAACUUCCCAGUGUGCCUCACUGGUCGAUCCCAAGUCUACACCUCUGUCUCUUGAUCCUCUGACCCGGUUCGAUGGUGCUCCACCAUCAAUUCUCGUGCGAAAGUCUUAUCUGACUACGUUUGACCAUGUCUGGGCACAAGCAAUGUCUUCGGAGGGUGAGGUAGGGACUAUCAUAACUGGUCAGCCUGGCAUUGGCAAAACUAUGUUCCAAUAUUAUAUUCUUGUUCGGCUUCUGCAGCACAAACAAAUUGUGCUUUUUACAAUGGAUGGCGAGCAUUUAUGGCUCUUCUACCAUGAUGGGGUUUAUAUGACCACCACAGCGUCACUUGUUGGCGUACAACCAGCAGAACAAUUGCCUGUACCCAAGUUGUUAUCUUCUGAGGUCUUUCUAUGGUCGUUAUUUGAAAUUGAAGGCAGGAACGAGCCAGAGACAUUCCUGGUCAAGCGACCAUGUAUGCCAGUGCAGACAGCUUCACUGGGUCCAUCCCAAUACAGGACCUGGGAAAAGGAACGGACUCCUCUGCUCACUGGCUUGCCAUUAUGGACCCAUGAUGAGCUCAUGCAAGGGUUUCCAUAUCAGGAAAACUACCAAUCCCUGUUGGAUGCACUUCGUGAGGGUUAUGCAAGCCCAGCUCAGAAAGAGAGGGAUCCACUAGAUGUCUUCCCUGGUGCUCGUGCAGUCCUUAAGGAAUGUGAAGAAGAUGCUGUUCUCUCAGAAGACAGUGUUCUAUUGUCACCCGAGGAUGCCCUCCACUACCUUCUGGAAGCAGCGAUUGACCGUUUUGGAUACUCUGCUCAUGAUGUAUUCAGUGCCGUCUUCGACUACAACUCGUCCACCCAGUGCCACCAGGAAGCUUUCAGGAUCACAUACACAGAUUUUGAAGCUGCUGCAUCUGCCCUCCCAAAUAAUCAAAAUGCCGAUCACAAUAUUUCCCAUUGGAUCCUUGCUCUCUGGCCAGUUGAUUCAGCCCCUUUUGUGAGAAUCCGUUGGGAAGUUAAAUUCAAGUCGAAAUGGGUUGGCAAGAAUGUGAUUCAGCAAAUGAGUGCAGUUGAAGACGACGCACUUCGCCAUCAAAUUCGCAUCCUUCAACGGAAUCCCAAAGCAGUGUCAUUGACGGGACAGUUCCUCGAGCCUUUCGUUCAUGAUUCUAUAGCAAACUCUACGGGCAGCUUCUGGCCUCUUAUUAACAUGGCCUCUAACAACGCUGAUCCACCUCUUUUCACCAUGCUCCGAGAUUCCGUUUCUAGUGGUGUACAGUUUCCCAAAAUCAAGCGCGAGAUUGUCAAAUUCCAUUCCGUUGCUGGCCUCUCCAUGGAGAACAACAUAUACUAUAUACCCGCAGACACAAACUUCCCGUUGUUUGAUUCUUUCACCGUCGACAUCAAUCAUUCAACGAAGUCAGCCGUCUUGUGGGUCUUACAGAUCACCACGUCACGAUUGCAUGCAGGCUCGGCGAGAGGCUAUCUGAAGAUCCGCAGCAUUAUUGCGAACUUGAAGAGUCAACUUAGGGGGGACCCGCCGCCAAAGAAGACCACGAAGGUGGCUGCUGGACAGGCUAGCUCAACGCCACAUGUGCGAGUGUGCUACCUCCUCGUCGUUCCGCAAGGCGACUACGAGCCCCAGACUCAGUGGGACUUUCCGAAAGGAUGGAAUGAGAAUUGUGACAGGCAUGAUCACCGUGGUAAUGUUUAUUGCUUAGAGGUCCCUGUUGGAGCAUGUUCUCAAGGACGUACUGAGUUUUGGAUGUAG